AUGAAGUUCUUCCAAUAUUUCACCGUCGCACUACUGCCGGCGACUAUAUUCGCUAUCCCGGCCGCAGAGCCCGAGCCCAAGGCCGUCGCCACGGCGGCAGCCAUUACCGCGGAAGACUUUCAUGCUCUCGUUAAGCGGCAGUCGAACCUGACCGACCUCAUUGGAGACUUGACCAAUUCCUUCGGCGCCAUUAAGGACUUGCUGUCGACCGAGAGCUUGAACAACAUCAACCUGAUUUUGACCAAGGCUGCCGAGUUACUUUCGGACCCAACCACCAAGCAGAUCAAGAGCCUCGUCAACACAGCCUCGGACCUCCUUGGCAGCGAUGCUAUCAAGAACCUGCUCGACCAGAUCCCCACCCUGCUCGAUAGCGUCGGCGGUCUCCUGAACAAAGAGACUCUCGACAAGAUCACAAAUCUGCUGAAUAACGCCGCCCUUCUCCUGACCAAGGAGUUCGCAGAGAAUACCAGAAACCUCAUAAAUGAUAUUGUCGGUGUUUUCGCGUGUUACUCUGUAGCCAGACAGUCUGGAGAGAGCCACUGCGGUGAAGGCUGGUCUCGACUCCGGAUCAUAUGUUUUUCCGAGCGUGGUCAGCCGGCCGCCGAUUGUAGCUCAGAGCUCACCCUUGGGCCUCUCCACACCCACUCCAUUGAUCCCCGGUCCCCCUUUCUAGACACUCUUGUCGGUCCAAUCGAAGUUCCUGGGAAUCCUGACUGCCAGUCAGCCCUCGGGUAUUGCGGCAGGCACACCGCAUACACCGGAUCCAUCCGGCGUUCGCCUCAACUGCCACGCGUUAGGAGGGCGGGGGCAUCGACAAACCGAGGAUCCCAAGCCGCCGCGACUGCUUUCCUACCACGGCGAUCGCCCAUCGCCCCAGUCUUCGAUCAGACAUCCUUGUUUCCCGUCCAACCGCCCAUGGUGAUGGAAACCCCCCGCAAGACGCCAAAGACCACCAAGUUAACGGGCGAUCGUGCAGCCCGGAAGCGGGAGCAAGACCGACAAGCUCAGAGGAGUGCGAGAGAAAAGACCCGGCAGAAGAUUGCCGCACUCGAGGAUCGGAUUGAAACGUUGACUCGUUUUCACAGCAGCGGGAAUAUCCAAGAGUUGAUCGAAGAGUUGGAUGCGCAGCGGAAAGCAAACGAAGCGCUGCGCGCUACAUUACGGUCAAUCGAAAAGGCCAUCAGUGGCGGCCUUGCUGAAGCAAACAUUGCGCUCAAAAGCUACGACCCGAGGAAGCAGAGCCUCGACCCUGGGAAGCAGCCCACCGACGGAUCGAUUUCAUCCGACAGCGAAAAUAGCAAGCUUAUUGGGACCAACGGUGUUGCUCGAGAGGUCGCGCAACAGUCAAGCCUCGUAGGACUCAGCCAGCAACAUCAUGUCCCCCCGCAGUCCGCCAGCCCGCCAUUUGAGGAGUCGGCCAUUAUUGACAAAUACUCGCCGAAUGGCACGUACGUGAGUCUGCCUGAUGGGAUCUCGAUGACCGGGAAACACCCAGACGAGGUCAAUGUUCCAUUCAAUAGCACCUUACACACUUUCCCUCUCGAUAUGCCGAUGCCAAUCCAAGCCCUCCAUUCUACAGAGCCGCCCUGCGACUGCUGCAAACAAUUAUUAUACAUGAACGACAUGCUCGGCCGAUUUGCCCUCACCUGCACGCGGAGCAUGGCUGACCAGAGAAUUCGUGACGCCGACAUUGCAAUCCGCGCGAUAGUCCAUGGCUGGGAUGCCGUCAGCCAUUUGUACCCUUUGGAUCCUGUUUGGGCCAUGCUUCGAACUGCCGACGAGGCGGUCUGGCGUACAUGCGGAGCAAUUGAGCGGCUGGCGGUCUUGCGCGUGGUUAGCUUGAUGCUACGAUAUUUGUCCGAUCCCUCAGAGCCAAACCUGACCCACCUGCCUAGAUUUAUGCGACAACGGCCAUCCCAGCACCGCAUCAUCCACAAACCGCUAAUAGAUUUUGUCGUGUGGCCGUCACUACGUGAGCGCCUGAUUAUGUUCCCGCAUCAGCAUUGCUCUGAAAAAUUCUGGUCUAUGUUCUGGACUUGCUUUCGAUUCACAUGGCCCUAUCACUUGCAGGACGCCUUCGUUCAGCAGGGUCAGACGGGGCUCUACCGGUUUUCCGAUGCGUUUACCAAGUCAUUUUACGAUCUACAGAAUUGGUGCAUGACAGACGACUUCUUCCGCGAGUUUCCUGACCUUGAGGCAGAUGUAAACAUGCUUCCCCCUGGGACCGAUGCUACUCCAGUCACUGUUAGCAGCGAUACACUCGCUAUGAGUGAUGAGGCGAUCAGCCACGAUACUGUCGGCCGCCUUGAUCCGGUCACUGCGAAUAUGUUUACCGCAUUUCCGGCAGACUGGUCGACGCGAACCCAACUUUUUUAG